AGUCUGUGGUUUUAAAAUCCAUGCAAUAUUAUCACAACGCACAUAAUAUAAGGAGAAUAAUUUUUUAUUAAGUUAGUCAAACGUAACGAUACACCGCAAGUUAAAAUAUGGCGGGUAGGCCAAAAUUCGUUCCUCAGCAGUACUCUGUGCUAUGUUCAAUACAUUUCGCAGAUUCUGCAUUCACCGUGAACGCAACAGUUGCCAAAUCACUAAACAUGAGACGACAAUUGCGCUCUGAUGCUGUUCCAACCAUAGACUCUGUAAAAGGCAUUUCAAUCCAAGGUGAUAAGAGCAAUCGCGACCGCAGAGUUGUGUUGCGUGAAGUAACACGAAGUGUAAAAGAUGUUGAACCCGCUGUUAAACAUACUGAUGAUGAAGGGAAUUCUGACGAGUGUAACACGACAGAAAGCGUUGAUAGUGAACCAGUUAGAGAGGAUUCACCAGAACCGUUGCCAAAACAAGAGCAAGUUGAUGCGACAUACUUGCCAAAAAAGUUACAAAACUAUAAAAAAAACUCAGUUGGUUAA